AUGACGAUAAUGUCCAGUGCGGACUACCGCCCUAACUUCAACGACGCGCCUGGUUGGCGGCACCGGAACGGUGGCGUUCUGCCGGAGCUCAACCACUUUCUGUCAUUGUCCUCCGACACGGCCGCCGGAGCGCAUGCCCUAGCCGUUGCUGCCUUUGCCGAUAUGGUUACAGCCGCGCGUAAGAGCUUGGACAAAGCGCAAACCGCCGUGGCACAAGCUCAAGAGGCGCCGGAUCUGCAGGAGACUCUUGUCGCCGACAUGAGGAUCGCUUUGAGGGAGGACGAAGAGUCCGUGGAGCGGAAGCGGAGGGAAGAGGUGUCUGAGGCCGAGACGCGCUCCCGAAGGCGCAAACAACAACAGGGGGCGGCCGACGGCGGGAAGAAGGGAGAGGGUGGGGGUUCUGGAGUGGGUAGUGGGGGCAAGCUAGCCGGCAGCGACCACGACAAGCACAAGCCUGGCGAAACGGGUGGAAGUCAACAAAGUGGGGGUGGUGGAGAUGGCACUGGACAUGGACAAGACACCAUGGACCACGAGAAGGGGAGAAACGGUGGAACAUGCGGCCCAGAGGAGCCGCGUGGAGGAACCGGCAAGGGUGGCGACGACGUGCCCGAGGGGGGCAAACGGCAGGCGACUAAGGACGGGCUUUCAACGGGUGCGCCGGCAGGGGACUGCGGCGGGGCAACUGACAUGGAGAUCUGUCGAUUACGAAGGAAAUCUCAUAGGUUUCAGCGGCUCGCACUCGCUCGAGAGGGGAGGGGAUUCUUCGAGAUUGGCGUGGGUACUCGCCUUCACACAGGAGCAUGGGCACCUAGCCCGGCAUGGGGGACAGUCAUGAGGGUCGAUGCAGACGAAGAAGACAAGAUCGUAUCGUAUGACGUCCUCAUGGACACGGAGUGUAGGGUGUCCACAGUUCCGUUCGCAAUGUGGAGAUUGACGUGA